CUUCGAACACUUCACUCGAAACCAACUUCAUAACAUCACCAAAAGCUCUCCUUUGAGCAUUUACACACAGUACCAACAUUUUGGAAUAAGGAUGAAGUGAUGGAAGAAAGAUGCUAGGAUGGGGGUCAGUGGGCUGCUGCCACCUUGCAGACCGCUCGUCCAAGAUGAUCCCCUGCUGAGCUCCUAAUGAGAUCUGCACGUUUCUUCACUUGCUGUUCCUCUGAAGGCUUUACAAGAAGGUUGCCGCAUCUCCUAUUAAGUCUUCUAACCUAUAAAGGCUCAUUUUAAGCACAGCGAAAGUACUACUGUAGUACCACCACAGUACAGAAGCACUGGAAGUACUGCGGUACUAUAAAAGGUUUGGAAGGAGCGACCAUGUGAUCAUCGCUUGACUCGCCCUCAAUCUGGAUCCAAGUCCAGGAUUGAGGCCUUAACCUUCAGGUGCUGCUGCCUAAUCCAGUUAGGAGCAGGCGGCCGCUGUGGAAAAUCCCUACAGACCCGAGACCUCACUUUGUGGACCUCAUCGACUGCAGCGGCAUGCAGGACCACCUGUAGACCCUCAGGAUGUUCAACUGGGUAGUGAAAGUGGUCCCACAGCCCCCUGAAGGUCCUCACAGGGAGGAAGAGAUCCGGAAACCUGCUGAGCAUCGCCCCAAAAGCAAAGAUGGAAAAUGUCCUGCACCGAAGAACUCUGAUGACGUUUCAGAGGACAGUCAGUCCCAGACGGGAGUUUUUGGUUGGCUGUCCAACGGCUUCGCCAGCGCCCUGCCUCAGCCCGCUGGCUCUCCUCACCUGGACGGCAGGACCGGGGGUGAUGGUGAAAGGUCGGGAGUGAUGGGCUGGGUGACACAGGGUCUGACCAAGGUGCUGCCGCAGCCUGACGACAAGUACAGAGAGAUAGACAACGGGAACGACGAGCACACGGAGGUCUAUGAAGUUGAAACAAUGCCAGAUUAUGAUCCCCUCCCGCACAUUCCAGUGGUGGAGAUGGUGUCAGACGACGAGAUGUCUGAGGUGGAGAGUGUUUCUUUCCCUCCAAAUGUGGUGACUUGGAUCAAGCAGAAGAUUCCUCAGCCAAUUCUCCUGCCUGCUAGUGCUACGUCCAUCGAGUCCAAACACAAAAAGACUCCCCGCUCCUCUCUGGACAAAAUUCUUUCUCCACCACCCGAAUCUCUCAGUGGAAUCUCAUUGGACACUGAUGGCAAGGCCUCAAAUGUGGUUGGCUGGUUCGUGUCAGGACUUGGCUUGAAGAUCCCUCAGCCGAUUCCUCCACAACAAAACGACGUUGAGGCUGCUGCUGAAGCUCUAAAAAAAGUGUCAACCAAACUCGACCCUAACAUGGUGUUAGAGGACGUGGAUUCAGAGGACGAGGUCCAACACACUUCUACGACAGCCCCCGGACAGCCGGCAGUGAUAAAAAGAAGCCAGUCCAGUUCGUCCAUGCACCCCCACACGUGUGCUGAGACUAACCGAGAACCAGGACCAUCCCACCCGACUUUGCCAACUUUGGCUAAAAUACCGCAGGAGGAUGCUGAGACUCAGACAGGCCGCUGGACACCAUUCAUCGAAAACAUCAAGAAGGAGGCUGAGGAUGUUGCUAUGGCCACCAUGGAGGAACGUUUGCUGCAAGAGCGCAUGGAAAUGACACGUGUGGCCGAAGAAGUGGCGAGACACGCGGCUGAGAUGGCCAUUCGACAGCUGGCCAGUGAGGGCCAGUCCAUUAAACUGUCACUGGGGAGCCAAGAGCUGCUGGAGGAGUUUGACGCAGAACUGCCAGAUUUACAAGAAGACAGAGAAGCCAGUCAUCCUGAUGGCAUCGAAAAAGAGAGUCCCGUUGUGGAGGCUGAGGAACACACCAUCAGUGAAGAAGUGAAAGAUAAUCAAGAGCCCGAAGAAGAGCCCCAGCAACCACCAACAACAUCACCUUCGCCACCACCUCUCAGACCUGAACCAACAAAGGCCUCGGAGCCAGACCCUGAACAGCAGGUAGAGGACAAGACCCAGGAAGUAGUUUCUCAACCUGAGCCUGUGACCCAGCAGCCACAGAAGGCUGAGGAAGUCGCUGAGUGUGCCAAGACUGCUGAAAAGGAGGAGGCCAGUGAGGACGAGUGUGGGGAUAGUUCUAGACUCGGCCUCCGCCCAGCCGUCAAUGUUGAGGAUGUCGACUCGGACCGGGAGAAAACUGGGGAGGGAAAUGGGGAGGAGCUCCUCGCCCCCCAGGACCCCAAACUGACAACUCUGACUGUCCCUGUGACCCCCACAGGAGGUCGACAGAGCAAAGGAGAUAAAGAUAGGAGGCUGCAGUCUCAAAGUGAAGAAGAAGAUGAUGAAGAGGCAAGCAUCCCUGUCAGAGCCUGGCCCAGUCAGUCGAGCCUCCACAGCAGCGAUGACCCCCUGCGAGAACGUCCCUCAUCGUCAGCCAGUCAGACGAGUGCGGUGGUCAGCGAGCGUCUUCAGGAGCUGGUGCGCAUGUUUAAAGAGAGGACGGAGAAGGCUAAAGAGAAACUCAUAGAUCCUGACAGCUCGGAUGAGGACAGCGUCGUCCCCUCUCCUCCUCAAGCCACAGCACCGCAACCUGCCCCUGCUCCUGAGCCCCUGGACGAGGACGAGGAGCCACCUGGUCCGUCGGUAGGAAAAGGAGAGAGUGAGGCAGAGGAGAAGUCGAGGCCCAAGGUGAAAUCCCAUCGAUGGAUACCAGCCUGUGUGCACUACCGCUUCCCUGCCAGCAUCGACCCUUUCACCAAUCUGAUGUACGUGUUGUGGAUGUUCCUGGUGUCUUUGGCGUGGAACUGGAACGUGUGGUUCAUCCCAGUUCGCUGGGCCUUCCCCUACCAGACGGCAGACAAUAUUUACUACUGGCUGCUGACCGACUACCUCUGCGACCUCAUUUACAUCCUGGACAUCACCAUCUUCCAACCGCGCCUGCAGUUUGUCCAUGGAGGGGACAUAGUCUGUGACAAGAAAGAAAUGAGAAAGAAUUACAUGAAAACUAAACGUUUCAAGUUCGACGUUGCCAGUCUUGCUCCGCUGGAGCUCUUCUAUUUCAAAACUGGCAUCAACCCUCUUCUACGGUUGCCUAGGUUACUCAAGAUCAACUCAUUCUUUGAAUUCAACGAGCGCUUAGAGGCAAUCUUGACCAAAGCCUACGUUUACAGGGUGAUCCGUACCACCACGUAUCUUCUCUACUGCCUCCACUGUAACGCCUGCCUUUACUACUGGGGCUCUGCCUACAAUGGACUGGGCUCCACUAAGUGGGUGUACGACGGCAAAGGCAACAGUUACAUCCGUUGUUACUACUUUGCGGUGAAGACGCUUAUCACCAUCGGGGGGUUGCCAGAUCCCACCACCCUGUUUGAGAUCGUCUUCCAACUCAUCAACUACUUUGUGGGAGUCUUCGCCUUUUCCAUCAUGAUUGGCCAAAUGCGUGAUGUUGUUGGCGCAGCCACAGCGAGUCAGACCUACUACCGCACCUGUAUGGACAACACCAUUAAAUACAUGUCUUCGUAUCGCAUCCCCAAGGAUGUCCAAAACCGCGUCAAAACAUGGUACAACUACACCUGGCAAUCACAAGGCAUGCUGGAUGAACAGGAGCUGCUGACUCAGUUACCAGAUAAAAUGCGUCUGGACAUCGCCAUCGAUGUCAAUUAUUCCAUUGUCAGCAAAGUCCCUCUCUUUCAGGGUUGUGACCAACAGAUGAUUUUUGACAUGUUAAAAAGCCUGCGUUCAGUUGUCUAUCUUCCAGGCGAUUAUGUCUGCAAAAAGGGGGAAGUUGGUCGGGAGAUGUACAUCAUCAAAGCUGGGGAAGUCCAAGUGGUUGGCGGUCCAGAUGGGAAAACCGUGUUUGUCACUCUCAGAGCUGGCUCAGUCUUUGGAGAGAUCAGUUUACUUUCCGUAGGUGGGGGCAACAGGCGCACUGCAAAUGUAAUUGCUCAUGGCUUUGCCAAUCUGUUCAUCCUGGACAAGAAAGACCUGAAUGAAAUUCUGGUCCACUACCCGGAAUCCAAGAAACUGCUGCGCAAAAAAGCUCGAAAGAUGCUCACAAAGGGGAAGAAAUCUGAAGCCAAAGAAGAAGCUAAGACAGCCCCUGUCAAGCCCGAGACUCCCAAAUUGCUAAGAGCCGCCCUGGAGAUGACUGAAAAGUUGGCUGGACUUAAAGGAGCCAUGGUCCAAGUUAAAGAGAAGACCAACAAGUCCAGUGUCUCACUGCAGGCGUCCAUCUCCUCCCCCUUGCCGUCUCCCGCUUCCACGUCCGGCCCGGACAGAGACGUCUCCACGCCCUCGCCCACUUUGGACAGUUCCACAACGUUCCUCUCCACCUUCGCCUGCUACAACGACAACUCCGAGAUGUCGCUCCCGGAAUCCCAAUGUUGCAGUGAUACGGAGGACGUGCUGCCAGUUGAUGACAGACAGGAGGGGCCGGGCGAGGAGGAAGAGGCCUACGAGGGAGGAAAGAAGGUGCAGCGAUAACAAGGGGGAAAAAAUUACUGAGAGCAGAAAGGUUGAAGGUCAACUGCCUUAGUGCGGACGGACUAAUUGCAUGGCUAGAGAUAAAAGUCUUGCUUAAGAAUAGGCUCAUAUGAGACUUCGGAUUAUUAAUACCAACUUCACAACAAUAUCAGCUCACUGCAGGCAAGUUGGUUAAAUUCAUACGAUAUAAACAAAAGCUCACAACUUUUAAUACGAUUAAUCUUGUUUUUGCUGUUGUUGAACCAUAAAUGUUUACAUUUUUUGUACAUUAAAAGGUUGCCUUAUUUUAUGUUAAUGUCAGUAGCUUACACGGCUAACGUGUUGAUGUUUUUGAACCUACGUAUAAAAAAAGAGUCCAUAAGUUGUAUUUAAAAUGUAAAUGAUUGUUAAAAAAAUAUAUUAUGAGGUCAUGAUUGAUAAUUAAACAGUGCUUGAUUGGUACAAUAAUAAAAAUGUUUUAUUGUUAAAAUUAAUUGUACCGAUCAGAGGUGUACAAGGGGCUAUUUUUCAAAUAUAUUUAUUACCUCUUUAUUUCUUUUUACCAUUUUCACAAAAUUAAAAAGGUGAAAAUGGCCCCUCAGUGUAAAAAGUUUGGACACCCCCCUGGUAUAGAUGAUUGUAUUGCUUAAACAAAAAGCAGUUUACACUCUUUUCGAGUAAGUCCAAAUGAUAUUGUCUAUCCUUUUGAUUGUGUAGGCUGGCUAAUCAUGCCAAUGUUUUAUGGAUAUCAUAAUAGUGUGCUCAUACUCAAUAUGUCACUAAAGUAGCACUGAAAUAAAACAA